GUCAUGUCAAACUUUGCACCAAUGGCGCCUCCGCUUUGCGCGGUCCGGAGCGCGGAGAGGCGGGCUGGACCAAUCAGGGUGUAGGCCCCGGCGUAAGCCCCGCCCCCUGGCUGCGGCAGAUGUACCCCGCCCGCUGCGCCUCAGGUCCGUCGAGCGUUUAAACUUGCGGGUCGUCGUCGCGGGAAGAGUUCGCUGAUCGCGGCUGAGGACGGCGGCACGCUGGACGCGCAGCAGGAGCCCCGCAGGAGCCACGCACCGGACGCCGUCUACUUCCUCUGCGGGUUCAACGCCAUGGAGCCCGCCUUCGGAGAGGUCAACCAGCUCGGGGGGGUCUUCGUGAACGGCCGGCCGCUCCCCAACGCCAUCCGCCUGCGCAUCGUGGAGCUGGCCCAGCUCGGGAUUCGACCCUGUGACAUCAGCCGCCAGCUGCGCGUGUCGCACGGCUGCGUCAGCAAGAUCCUGGCGCGCUACAACGAGACCGGCUCCAUCCUCCCGGGGGCCAUCGGCGGCAGCAAGCCGCGGGUCACCACCCCCACCGUGGUCAAGCACAUCCGGACGUACAAGCAGCGCGACCCGGGGAUCUUCGCCUGGGAGAUCCGGGACCGGCUGCUGGCCGACGGCGUCUGCGACAAGUUCAACCUGCCGUCCGUCAGCUCCAUCAGCCGCAUCCUCCGCAACAAGAUCGGGAGUCUGGCCCCGCAGGGCGCCUACGACGCGGGCAAGGCCGCGCCGCACGCGCCGCCGCAGCCCGCGCUGCCCUACAACCACCUGUACUCUUACCCCGCGUCCAAGGUGCCCACCCCCCCGGGCAUGCCCGCCCUCCCCGGACACAUGGCCAUGCACAGGAUUUGGCCCUCGUCGCACUCCGUCACGGACAUUCUGGGGAUCCGCUCCAUCACGGAGCAGCAAA